AAUCUUAUCAUCCCGGGUUUUUGAGUUCCAGUGAUCUGAGACGAGGAGUUAACGUAGCAUUGAGUCAAAUGUGCAUAUAUCGCUAUCGGUAGAACCCAUAUAUGCAUGUAGGCGGGGAGCAAAACAUUCAAUUGGAUUGGGAACUCAACAAAAAUAAUAAUGGAUUUAAAUGCAAUUAUAGAAAACAUGGAAACCGGGGAUCAAGAUGCCGCAUUGGUGGCUCUGCAAACGUACAAUAAAAAGAUGACCCAGUGCUUCUCAUUUACCUCAGAUCAAGAGGAGGAGAGAGAGGAUGAGGGGAAGUUUCAAGAGAGAUUAGGAGCGCUGGCGAUGGGCUUUCUGGAGAGAGACCUCCAACCAUCCUGCCAGUUGGCUUGUCUGGAGACCAUUCGCAUCUUGUCACGUGACAAGAACAACGUGGCGCCCUUCAUCACGCAGACCGCCAUGCUGACCCUCAGCCGACACGCGGGCAUCGCCCAUGGCGACGGCAACGUGCCUGCCGCCGAGAACCCUGAUCUGGAGAUCAUCGUGGAGGCGCUGAAGAGCAUCUGCAACAUCUGUCUGCACAACAAGGUGGCUGUGGGAGUGGCCCAGGAGCUGCAGCUGAUUGUGGGUAUAGCAGGGCGCCUCAAGCAGUGCGGCGAAGACCAGUGGAACCACCACGUACGGUUCUUUGACCUGCGGCUCAUGUUCCUCCUCACCGCCCAGCGCGUGGAGAUGCGCACCCAGCUGUUGAAGGAGCUGCGCGGUGUCAGCCUGCUGUCCGACCACCUGGACGCCACCCUGGGGCUGUGCUGGCCGGACACCUUCGAGGUGGCACGGGCCGGGGUGGAGGUCGAUCCGGACUCCGAUCUACCUGUCAGACUGCCGCCCUUCAGCCGGGAGAAGAUAGAAAGGGCCAUGGAGAUACUGAAGAUCCUCUUCAAUAUCACUUACGAUGCCAAUCGCAGGGAGGUGGAUGAGGAGGAGGCAGCCGCGUUCAGGCACCUGGGAGCCAUCCUCAGACACUGUCUAAUGAGCAGUGCGGACGGAGAGGAUUACACGGAGGAGUUUCACAGCCAUUCAUUGAACCUCUUGGGGAAUCUCCCUCUGACCUGUCUGGAUGUGUUGCUGAUGCCCAAGGUCCAGCAGGGAUCCAUUGAGUACAUGGGCGUCAACAUGGAUGCCGUCAACAUGCUACUAGAGUACAUGGAGAAGAUGCUAGAUCGGGGCAAGAAGCUGAAGGAGACCAUGCUCCCAUCUCUCAACCUGCUGACUGAGAGCGCUCGCAUCCACAGAGAGACCAGGAAGUUCCUCAGGAUGAAGGUACUCCCCCCACUGCGGGACGUGAAGAAUCUCCCAGAGGUGGGGGAAGCAAUUCGCAACAAGCUGGUUCGCCUGAUGACCAACAUUGACACUGACAUCAAGAACUGCGCAGCGGAGUUCCUAUUCGUCUUAUGCAAAGAAAGCGUCUCCAGAUUCAUUAAGUACACAGGCUAUGGUAAUGCUGCCGGUCUCCUGGCUGCCCGGGGGCUGUUGCGAGGGGGCAUCAACCCAGGCAUCUACUCUGAGGACGAGGACAGCGAAACCGAAGAGUACCGCGAAGCCAAAGCUAAAAUUAACCCUGUGACGGGCAGGGUGGAGGACGAACAGCCCAAUCCGAUGGAGGGAAUGACAGAGGAACAGAAGGAGCUGGAGGCCAUGAAGCUGGUCAACAUGUUCGAUAAGCUCUCCAGGUCCAAUAUUAUCCAGCCAAUGACGCUCGGGAGUGAUGGUUCCAUGACACAGAUGAAUUCUGAAGACCUAAUACGAAUGAGAGAUCAGAUACCACUUGGACAACUGAACAUACGACAACGAGAUGACGAUGAAGAACAAGAGGAAGAUGAUGAACAAGAGGAAGAAGAGGAACAGCAACAACAUCGACGACAACAACAAAUACAAGAAGAUAAUGCAAUAAAAACACCGCAACAAGAAGAACCACAACGACAACAGUCACAAGAACAACACAAAGAAGAACAACAGGAAACACAACAUCAACAUAAAGAACAAGAAGAUGAACAAGAAGAACAAUAACUUCAACGUGGCUUAGGUAGCGAUGACAAAGGCGAGGUGACCUGAAUCAAAAAACUGAUAACAUCCAGAGGAAUUAAGGAUCUAUUACAUUUAACUCUAGUUUUGUUACUGUGUAGUUGCUUAUCAGCCUUAAUUGAGUGAACACUAUACUGUAGAAAAUCCAGACACAAAGUGUCUCAUGUCA